CAAAGAAGAGUGAGAGAACACAACAAGAAGGCAAACACAAACAUCGCAUCGCAAAAGAUCGGACGGCUAGUAUUUCUAUCGUCGCAAAAAGAUCUCGGUUUGAAAAUUUUACAAAUCGCGAGCAGGAAACAGUGAUAGAACAAUAAAAAGUGUAUCAAGGACUAAAGUUGAUACUGAGUUUAAGACAAUUACAGUUCUGCACCGAAGCAAUUCGUCCUAAGGUGGUGGACUCAUCCUGUCCAUAUACAAAGGAACCAUUUUGAGGCACGCUAAUUUCAUCAGCUGUUUAUCUUUACCCAACGCAAGUGAGACCCUGAUUUUGAAAUAGUUGAUCAUAUCAACAAAUCUAGUGUACCAUCGUGUAAUCAGCAAGCCUGUUGGCUCAGCAGUACAGUUUUCCGAUAACAAGUGACCGUCAAUAGCUUAUCGACAUAAAAACGAUAACGGUCAUAACUUCUCGGAACCCCUUAGGAAGGACGUCAGAAUGAAUCUCGCGUCACGUGCUGAUGUCGAAACAGGUGGAUUCUUUGUAAACUUCAACCAGGAUUGCUCGUCCCUUGCAGUUGGAUCGAGAAAUGGCUAUAGUUUAUUCUCGCUGAACUCGGUUGAUGCUAAUCUGGACCUAAUUUAUCACAGCGCCAAGGAAGAGAUCGUUCUGGUGGAACGCCUUUUCGGCAGCUCGCUGGUGGCGGUAGUUUCUUUGAAUGCCCCGAGAAAGCUCAAGGUAUGUCACUUCAAGAAAGGAACGGAAAUUUGCAACUAUUCAUACUCGAACACGAUUCUGGCCGUCAAAUUGAACCGAUCCCGGCUGGUGGUCUGUUUGGAGGAAAGCCUUUACAUUCAUAACAUUCGCGAUAUGAAGGUUGUGCACACGAUCCGGGACACCCCACCGAAUUUCGCUGGAUUGUGCGCUUUGGCGUCUGAUUCGGACCAUUGCUACCUGGCUUACCCGGGCAGUGCAACGGUAGGCGAAGUGCAGAUUUUCGAUGCGGUCAAUUUGCACGCCAAGACUAUGAUUCCUGCGCAUGAUUCCCCCCUUGCGGCGAUUGCGUUCAGCCAAAAGGGCACCGAGGUAGCGACCGCUAGCGAAAAGGGGACUGUUAUCCGGGUAUUCUCCGUCAACGAUGGUUCCAAGCUGUUCGAAUUCCGCCGUGGUGUGAAACGAUGCGUAACGAUUGCUUCGCUAGCGUUCAGUACCUGCUCCAAAUAUCUGUGCUGUAGCUCGAACACGGAAACGGUUCACGUUUUCAAGCUGGAACGCAGCUCUCCGGAGGCAAACGAUGAUCCGAGCAAGGACCACUGGAUGGGCUACCUCAGCAGGGCGAUGUCGAGCUACUUACCACUGGCGUUACCAACGCAGGUCACAGAUGUGUUCACGCAGGGUAGAGCGUUCGCCGCUGCUUCGCUUCCGGUCGCUGGGUUAAGACAUUCCUGUGUCAUCAAUGUAAUCCAGAAAGUAUUGAGACUGCUAGUGGCAUCACAGGAUGGCUAUCUGUAUGUGUACCAGUUGCCCCUGGAGGGUGGCGAGUGUCACUUGAUUAAAAAACAUGAUCUCCGAUGCGUAGAGCCAGUGAAUCCUGCCCCACGGCCAGAAUCUCUACCGAUUGGUGUUCCAACAGCGUCUCCACAACUAGCUGGCACUACCUAUGCGGCCGCCGUGAAAGGGGGUCAUGCUGCUGUGGUGGCGACAUCCAGCAGUAACAAAUCGAACGCUGCUUCCGAUUCCAAUGAGAAUGUUCACGACGAACAGCAAUAAAUACAUUCUAAUCGAUAACCGAAGUAAUUGGCAUUUGCCCAAAUGACAUAGAUUCGUUAUACUACAGUGUCGGACCAUUUUCAGAGAACCUUUUGGUUGAAGAUGAAGCGAUAUUCUAUGGCUUGUGAGACGUUUUUCUUCUUCUUUAUUAGACACUUUGUUUUAAUUCGGAUUUUUUUAUGAAUUUUGCCGGAAAGUAAAAUAGUUUUAUUCAAAUAUAAUUUUCAGCAUCUCUGAAACUUAUUUAUGCUUAGUUCCGCUAGCGUAUCAUUUAUUGUGAUAUGACACAAACGACAGAAUUAAAUUAAUAUUGCAAUUAAACGAGUGGACCCAUAAAUGGAAUGUCGCUGGUGAACUCGCGACUAUUAUUAUGAAAUACAACAGGUGAAUGCUGAUCAUUAGCGUAAUUCCGAUAACUGUGAGUGCAUCGGGUUAUUCAUGAUUGGAACUAGGAAGGGGAAUGUAAUGUCAUGACGAGGACAGCUAUAUAUUUUGUAAAACAUUCUCAUCACAAAAAAGUGUCAAAGGUUUUUGCAUAAGGGCAAAUAUUUUAAAAAGAAAUAAGAGACAGUUCCAUUUGACUAAGUCACAAAAAUAGAAUUGAAUGGUAUAUGAAAUAUAACAAAAAUAUCAAUGAGGACAGUGUAGAAUACUUGCUGAAGAUGAACUAGUGAAUAAGUUAAAAAACGCUAGUGUGUAAAUUUUAGUAAAAAUAAUCUUAUCAAUAUAAGUAAAUUUAAAGUAAAUAAAG